AUGGGUAAAAUUGUAAGUUUUUUUGAAAUUUUUUAUUUUUUUUUAGAAUUUCAAAUUUUUAAGAUUUAAAUUUAAAUUUUUUGUGGUAUCAACAUUUUUGAAGCCUAAAGUAACUGUCAUUUUGUACACAGAACAAAAAUGACAUUUACUUUAAGCUUCUAAAGAUAGUUCGGAAUGUAUAAAAACCAUUCUUUUUUGACACCAAAUUAGUAAAACUGUCAAUUAUCCUAAUAGGGGAAGGCACUAAAAACCCGAAAAAUGUUUUUUCCGAGAAUUUCUCUGCAAAAUAAUCAAGAUUUUUUAAUUUUUUUGCAAAAAAAUAUUUUUUAAAUUUUGUAGUUUGAGUCUAAAAAUUAUUUAGAUAGGGCUUACUAGUUAAGCUUAACAGGUAGAUUUAGGCUUAGCACUAGAUCUGCAAAGAGGCCAGACAUGGUUAAUUUCCGACUAUCGGGCUCUUUCGUGUGCCGGUCCGGCCUCCUUUCAGGCUUACAUAGCACUCAGUGUUAGGCUUGGCAUAAACCUUUAGGCUUAUAAAUAAAUUUUAGGCUUAGCUUAGAUAGUGAUGGAAGUUGGAGUAAAGUAUGAUAGAAUAUGGUAGAGAAGGAUGAGGGUGCGGUGAAGAUAGUUAAUGUAAACCGAGGGUGAAGAAAAGGUAGGGCAGGACGAAGCACAGAGUAGUGUAGAAGUAGUGAGGGCAGGGCAUGGUAAAGCAUUAGAUGGUAAAGAUAGGGUGGAAAGAGGGCAGAGCAGGGCGAUUAGAGUGGAGUAGGUAUGGUAGAGUAGGGUAGGGUAGGGUAGGUUAGGGUAGGGUAGGGUUGUGUAGGGUAGAACGGGGUAGGGUAGAAUAGGAUAGGGUAGAGUAAUGUAGGGUAGGGUAAAUUUCGAAAUCUUAAAAAAAAAUUUAAAAAAUUAAUUUUUUUUUAUUUCAGACAGUACCAUGUAGACUAGUCUUCUGUCCGAAUGGUUUGGGACAAUUGGAUAUUCAAAACACAGAAGUAAAAGUACCUUCGAUAAGCACAGUGAACCAAGUAUUACGAGAGAUAAUGAAUAACCGAGAGUUGGAGAAAGAGUUCUACAGUUUAUAUGACUUUACCUACUCCAAGGAUGACAAAUAUGAACGAGGCUUUCUGUAUCAGGAUGUUGAAGUUGGAUCUCAUUACAUUUUUGCUUUUCUACCUCAAACCUACUCUUAUGUAAGUUGGAAACAAAGUUCUUGCCAUCUUAAUGUCUGUAAAGAAAUUUUUUGCUAUUUUUUGUUUUUUAAAGAAACUUCUUGCCAUUUUUGGUUUGUAAAGAAAGUUUUUGCCUGUUCUGUAAAGAAAGUUCUUGCCAUUUUUUACAUAAAAAGUCAAAAUAAAGCCCGGUGCAGCCUGCAGGUGGCAGGUUAUACGAUGAAUAAGAUGUUUCGCUUUGUAAAGAAAGUUCUUGCCAAGUCUUAGCUAUCUUAUUUUACCAAUUUCAGUCUCUAUACCCAGACGGAUCUCGAAGAAUCUUGGACGAACGUUACAGUACUAACGACUACCUCAAGGUCGUGCUCGAGUCUACCCUAUACGGUAGAACCGGCUGUCAAUACGAACUUCGCGUUCUUGACGAUCGAGGCUGUGCAGUCCGAGAGUACAAGAAAUUCACGUAUUAUACAGUAUCGGAUCGUAUGUUGGAUGUGGCACACUUCGUACUGGAAGAGUUCCCAAUGGAGAGGCGGAUCGACCUGGAUACUGUAAGAUUGAACCCACUGGACGAGUUCAUAAUCGAAGCCGAGGACGUGCCCGAAGAAAAGUAUCCCAUGCUGUACCACUUUGUUAUCGUACAGCCCGAGGUCAUGGAGGCACGAUAUUUCACGUUGAAAUGCCUCAGGGAAAUCCCUCAAUUUGCCAUUUUACUGAGGAUUUUGGCUGAUCAGAUCAAUGAAGUCGAUUGGAUGUACUUCUUCAAAAGCAUUGUCAUGGUACCCACGAGUCUUGUCAUGAGCUUCGAGGGUUUACCUAUCGAGAUCAAGAACACUAAGCCUAAUCCAUUAAACUUUUACUAUGUCAUCAGGCCUAUGAGGAAGAUUUCUGAUGUUGGAUUGAGCAGGAAACGGGCUGUUAGGAGGAAAUAG